GCUCUUUCUCCUUCACCGUCACUGAACUCAGCUGCUAACUUCGCCAUUUGUCGCACUUCUUCAGCAGAUCCUCUACACCACACUGGGCACGGCGAAUUUCAUAUCAUCUACCAUCUCCGCGUACAUCCAUCGCAGGAUGGCUGCGGUACCCGAACUGCUCUUUUCACAAGACGGUGGCAGGGGCAUCCUAGAGCAUAUCCGCAAAGAAAAUCUUGACUUGUAUAAUCGUCUCCAUUCCAUCGAUCACGAUGCUCGGUUCGUGGAUGAGGUACACAAACAUCUCCCUAGUCUUCCGCUCAUACCAAACUUGCGAUGCGGCGCAUGGUACACGAGUCCAUCUAUCGCAAUGGACACGCCUGCAUAUUUCAAGUCCACCGAUGGACACACGAAUAACUGGAGCUUCAAUCUUCGCCGCGCCAAUCUGCAUCUGCUUCCCCUGAUCGUGGAGAAGGGAGGGCUUGUCCUCGUUGACUCGACUCGCGCGGGCAAGCGCAUGCCAGACGCCCUGUCAAAGACCGUGCCGAUCUGGUGCAGCGUCAUCAACCGAGCAGUCCUGAAGAGAAGUCCUGGAGUGUACGAGCGUCGAGACUCUUGGGAUACAGCACUGUAUACGCCGCUUUUGGUCGUCAGCCGGCAAGAGCACGCUCAAAUUGAGGAGAAACUAGAUCGAUGGGCGAUCGAUCUUGCCCAAUCUUCGUUCUCUCUACCCGAUCUUCCUCUGCCCUUACGUCCGGUGUGGAUCACGCCGGCGUCCUCGACUUUUCCCUCUUUGAAUGCCCUUCAAGUCGACGCGCUGCCCAUCAUCUGCGUAUCUGCAUCUCGUCAAGUCGAGAAUGGAGUCGAGAGGCGGGGAGACGGCUUCGCCUACGUCCAGGGAUCUGGAGACGAUCACGAACUGUGGGGAAAGGGUUUAACGCCCGCGAUAUUUUGGAAGCACCAUCGAGAAAUUGUCGCUGCAACAAGAGACGAGCUGGCGCCCCUCGUAGACAGGUUAUGCGCUGCCGUGCCUGCGCGUCCCGGCGCAUCACGCACAAGACCGUCACCCAUGGCGACUCAGUCGCUGCGAACGAAGGGCAGGAGGAUAUGGCUUACGUCCUCGUCACACAAACCCGCCGGCCAUUGCCCGUCUCAACCAACACUCGCGUCUACUCCAUGACUUCCAAAAAUGCACAGAUGGAAUACCUGAAGGCUGUCUUGCCGCAGGCGACCUCUUUUAUCAGCUCGGCGCUGUCGGCCGGCAAGAAUGUAUGCAUCGCAUGCGACACAGGAGCGGACUUGGGCGUGGGUGUCGCCGUGGCUGCCCUCCAGCUAAACUUCGACGACGAGGGGCGGUAUUCGCCAUCAUCAAAUUGCGA